AUGGCCCUCCCAGGUGAAGCGACGCACCUAGGGGCCCUCGCAUGGGCGGUGGUGGCCUCAUGGGCCCUCCCAGGGACCUCGGUUAAUCCAGGGUUCCUUGCAGGGGCGGCGGCGCCACCAGGGGCCCUGCCAGGAGUGGUGGAAACCCUAGGGACCUUUCCAGUGGCGGCGGUCCACCAGGGCCCUACAGAGACAGGGACCCCAGUGGGCAGGUCAAGGGCAAUAGCAACUGCAGCGGCUGUACCGCCCCCAGGGGCUCUCUCAGGGGCGGUGAAGACUUCAGGAGCCGCACCAGGGGCUGCAACACCCCUAGGAGACCUCCCUGUGGCAACGGCGACUCCAAUGGCCCUCCCAGGUGAAUCGACGCACAUAGGGGCCCUCGCAUGGGCGGUGGUGGCCUCAUGGGCCCUCCCAGGGACCUCGGUUAAUCCAGGGUUCCUUGCAUGGGCGGCGGCGCCACCAGGGGCCCUGCCAGGAGUGGUGGAACCCCUAGAGACCUUUCCAGGGGCAGCGGUCCACCAGGGCCCUACAGAGACAGGGACCCCAGUGGGCAGGUCAAGGGCAAUAGCAACUGCAGCGGCUGUACCGACCCCAGGGGCUCUCUCAGGGGCGGUGAAGACUUCAGGAGCCGCACCAGGGGCUGCAACACCCCUAGGAGACCUCCCUGUGGCAACGGCGACUCCAAUGGCCCUCCCAGGUGAAUCGACGCACAUAGGGGCCCUCGCAUGGGCGGUGGUGGCCUCAUGGGCCCUCCCAGGGACCUCGGUUAAUCCAGGGUUCCUUGCAUGGGCGGCGGCGCCACCAGGGGCCCUGCCAGGAGUGGUGGAACCCCUAGAGACCUUUCCAGGGGCAGCGGUCCACCAGGACACCACAGAGACAGUGACCCCAGGGGCCAAGUCAAGGGUAGUAGCGACUGCAGGGGCUUUGGCGACCCCAGGGGCUCUCCUAGGGGCAGUGACGACUUCAGGAGCCCUACCAGGGGCUGCAACACCCCUAGGGGCCCUCCCUGUGGCAGCGGCGACUCCAAUGGGCCUCCCAGGUGAAGCAAUGCACCUAGGGGCCCUCGCAUGGGCGGUAGUUUUCUCAUGGGCCCUCCCAGGGACCUCGGUUAAUCCAGAGUUCCUUGCAGGGGCGGCGGCGCCCCCAGCAGCCCUGCCAGGAGUGGUGGACCCCCUAGGGACCUUUCCAGUGGUGGCGGUCCCCCAGGUAAGCUACUAUGGGCGGCAGCGAUAUCAGGGGCUCACCCUGGUGUCGGUGGCGACCCCAGGGGCCCUCUCUAGGGUGACGGCGACUCGACGGACCGUCACAGGGGCGAGGGUGCCCACAGGGGUCGUCCCAGGGGCCCUCCCAGUGGCUCUAAUGCCCCCAAGAGCCCUCCAAGAGGUAGAGGUGACCACAGGGGCAUUGGCAGGUGCGGUGGCCCCCCAGGGGCCCUCCCAGGGAUAG